UGCAAUACUUCAAGUAAUGACUGUAGAAAGUUUUCUCAUAAAAGCUUUGUUUUAAUUAUUAUUCAUUUAUUAAUAAACAAUUGUAAAAACUUUAUUUAUUUUUAUAAUUAUUUUUAUACUUUAAAUAUUAAAUUGUUAGUUUAAUAUUUGUAGAAUUUUUUUCGACAAUAAGUUUGUGUUUACUCUGUCAAUACAUAUACAUAUAGUAUAGUUCAUUUGUAUGGUGUAACCUAACCCUCAAUUUGAGAAAACAGCUGCUUUGCACAGCUGUGAUUAAUAUUUUGUUAUUAAAUGUUUUCUUUUAUUAUGUUUCAAGCACGUAAAUGUAUUUUUUAUGUCCACUUCUAUUUGUGAAAUAUACAUUUUUAGUUGAAAUUUGUUGAAUAUUUCGGAUUAUGAAAAUAUAAACGGACAAAAUAUGUCAGGAAAAGGAAAACUCAACUCUAAAAAGACGCCCGUAAAGAUGCGUGAAGGAAAUAAAUCUUCUCAAACUCCAGUACAAACUCCAGACACUAGUUCUGACGCUACAGAUUUAUCGCUUUCAAUCCCAGUUAUUAAAACUACUGAUAACAGUAAAUUAUUACCAAGAUAUACAAGUGUUCUUCAACGUACCAAUGAAGAUAGCGUUGGAAUGGAAGACUUGGAUACGCUUCAGCUAGAAUUAGAAACUCUACUUUCAUCAGUUGUUGUUAGAACUCGUUUACUACAAGAAGAAAUUCAAUGUUUAUCAUCAGCCGAAGAAAGACGAGAUAAACGAUCUAAAAGUGGCAAAGGUUUAUCUUUUGACAAAAAAUUGAGAGAUGAGAAACUCAGAGGCAAGGAUAGUUAUUUAAAAACUCAUUCACCUCUUUCAACUAAGCUAUUGAAAGCUAAAGUUGCAGGAAAUUCUAAUAAUCAAAUAGUACCAAAUCCUCAUGAAAUUGUCAGAGUUGAAGGAUCUAAAACAGAUAUACCAAAGCUUCUAUUACCUAAAAAUGAUACAACUAAUAAAUUUUGGGCUUCUGUUGAUCCCUAUUGUGCUGAUAUCAUGCCAGAUGACAUUAAAUUACUGGAAGAGUUGAUAGCAACUCAUUCCGAUUUAGGAGAAUUUAAAAAAAUUCCUCCUCUCGGAAGACAUUAUAGUUAUACUUGGGCACAUAAUGAUUUACUUCAAGAUGAUGAAGCAGGAAAUCCGAGUAAGGAUAAAAAAAAAAGUAAAACAGAUGUAUCUUCGUUAAUGGCUAAAGUUGAUAAAAAAGCUUCAGGAAUAGCAGGGCCUCUAACACAACGUUUAGUUUCUGCUUUACUUGAAGAGAACGUUUAUGUUGCUAAUAAUAAUGCUGAUAAUAAAUUGUUUAGAGAUGGUGAUGCAUCUCCAGUACUUCGUGAUCUGACUAUUCAAAAUUCAAUGAAUUUAGAAAUGAGAAUGCAUAAGGAACUAGUAGAACAAGGUAUUUUAGAACCAGACACCCACAGAAAGAAAGAAGAAGACGACGAAAUUCUUGCUGAAAUAAAGAGAUGUCAGCAAGACUUAAUGACGUUAUCUAGUCAUAAUGUAGCUCAGUUAAAAAGAUUAUUAAAUCUUGCACAAGAAGAGAGCAAACGCCAAGCUCUCAAGCGAAAAAUCAGUAUAGUAGAUAAUGAAGUUGUAGAACAUUAUAAUAAAUUGAUUAUGGCGAAACAAAGAAAAGUACCUUUGACAAAAAAAGAGCAAGAAAAAGCUUGGGCUAGUCUUCGAGAACGAGAAGUUCUACUUCAACAACUCAAUGUUCUACCGUCCAACAGCAUCGGCGAACCUGUUUCUGCACGACCCGCAACAACUUAAUUUAAAUCAUACUACAAAUCAGUUGUAGAAACAUUUCUUAAUAAUACAUUAUAUUUAUGCCUAUUGAAAUCCUGUAAAAAUAGCUCGUAAUAAAAACACUUCCAACUACCACUUUCUUUAUGGUGAAAUUUUUGACUAUUGAUGUUAAUUAUAACAUUUUAGAAUUAUUUAAAAAUUAAGAUAUAUUUUACUUUUUAAUCAUUUGUAAGAUUGGUUAUUUUAAGCAACUAUUUAAAUAAUCAAAUCAAACUAAAUUAAAAAAAAUUAAGUUCAAUUUUUUGAUUUCCUUCACAUACAGUGUCCAGAUUUGUUAAUCGAUUGUUAUUUUUUAACUCUUU